AUGUAUGCCGUGCCUGGCACAGACCGCUCUCUCAUCCCCGUCCCCGUCCACGUCAAGCCCCACCACACCAGAGAAGUGCGUCUUCCACAACAACAUCAACAACAACAACAACAACUUCUACAACAACCACAACAACACCUUCAACACCUUCAACAACCAUCACCACCACCACCACCACCACCACAACACCACCACCACCCUCACCCUCUCCCGCUUCGAACCCACAUCGCCUCCCACAGCCUCUUCGCCCCAGGACAUCUUGCCCCUCUCCACCACACCCACUCACCACCCCCAGCCACCACCUCCACCCUCCCCCUCUUCGGCCCUUCCCGGCAGUCAGGAGGACGAGAACAAGGACGGAAGCCCUUCCGCUACCACUCCAGAUCUGCUGCUCGAACUUCCAUCGACAUAUCAGAAUUCCACGUCCCAGAACUUCCUCCCCCCAUCCACCCCACGUCUGCGCAAGGAUUCCGAAACCAUACCAACCGACUGCCUAUCCGCUCACCAUCACACUUUACAUUUCCAUCCUCCUCCUCCUCCUCCUCCUCCUCCUUCUCACCACCGCCACCACCACCAAAGGACCAUCCAGUGAUUCCCCUACGACGGCCAUUGAGGCCGGCCGUGAGCUUUGGUGCCGUCUCACAUCACUCCUACGAUUCGACCUGUCCAAUUGUGGAGAAGCCUACUUCUCACCUGGAGAGGAAGAGAGCUGCAAGUAUGGAGCCUCGCAGCAUCAAGCCCGCUUGGAAUCAGAGGCUCCAUACCUGUUUCUCCUGUUGCUUUGCUGCUCCACCUAGUCCUUGA